GGGGGUAAAAUUACGAGCCACUUCGUGCUAUCUGGAUUGCCUCUGAUCCAUCCACCAGACCCGAAUUGACUCAACUCUUCUCGGGUACCAGCUUCAUCUUCUCCAGCCCUAAACCCAGAGAAAAGAGUGAAGAAUUGAAAGCAAGGUUAAAAAAGUUGCAAGAUUUAGCAGAGAGGAAAGCAUAUCAAGAGCUUGUUAAGGAUAUUACACCGAAGGAAGUUGUUCAAGAGCCAUUCUCUUCUUACAAGGAUCAAUUAGGAUUUGUGGUAGAUAAAAUGGAAGAAGAAGAUGAUUAUGAGGAGUAUGUGCCUGUGGCCAAGCGUCGUGCCAUGGAAGCUCAGAAAAUUCUCCAACGAAAAGGGAAGGCCUCUGCUGCAAUCGACGAUGAUUCUGAAAAACUAAAAGUGGUUGAAACUAAGCCAAGUCUUCUUGUUAAGGCGUCACAGUUAAAAAAAGAUCAACCUGAAAUCAGUGUCACAGAACAGAUUGUUCAACAAGAGAAGGAGAUGAUUGAGAAUUUACCAGAUAAUAAAACCCUAAAGUCGGUUCGUGAAUUAGCUAAGGGGAUCACUUAUACAGAACCUUUGCCUACAGGGUGGAAACCUCCUUUGCAUAUAAGAAGGAUGUCGAAGAAAGGUUGCGAAUUGAUUCAAAAACAGUGGCAUAUAAUAGUUGAUGGUGAAGAAAUUCCACCCCCGAUUAAGAAUUUUAAGGAUAUGAGGUUUCCGGAUCCUAUUCUGAAGAUGUUGAAAACCAAAGGUAUUGUGCAGCCAACACCCAUUCAGGUGCAAGGUCUUCCUGUUAUCUUAUCUGGGAGGGAUAUGAUUGGAAUUGCUUUCACGGGUUCUGGUAAAACUUUGGUUUUUGUGCUUCCGAUGAUCAUGAUGGCAAUGCAGGAGGAAAUUAUGAUGCCUAUAGUUCCCGGGGAAGGUCCGUUUGGUCUGAUUAUUUGUCCAUCAAGGGAACUUGCUAGGCAAACUUAUGAAGUCAUUGAACAAUUCUUGUUACCUUUGAAGGAAGCUGGAUAUCCGGAGCUCAGGCCUUUGCUUUGUAUCGGUGGAAUUGAUAUGAGAUCACAACUUGAGAUUGUGAAGAAGGGGGUUCAUAUUGUUGUUGCCACUCCUGGGAGGUUGAAGGAUAUGUUGGCCAAGAAGAAAAUGAAUCUUGAUAAUUGCAGGUAUUUAACAUUAGAUGAGGCUGAUCGGUUGGUAGAUUUGGGAUUCGAAGAUGAUAUAAGAGAAGUUUUUGAUCACUUCAAAGCUCAAAGGCAGACUCUCUUAUUUUCUGCUACUAUGCCAACAAAAAUUCAGAACUUUGCUAGAAGUGCUUUGGUAAAACCGAUUAUUGUCAAUGUGGGACGUGCAGGAGCUGCAAAUCUUGAUGUAAUUCAGGAGGUAGAGUAUGUCAAGCAAGAGGCGAAAAUAGUUUACCUCCUUGAGUGCCUACAGAAAACCCCGCCUCCUGUUCUGAUAUUUUGUGAGAAUAAGGCUGAUGUGGAUGACAUUCAUGAGUAUCUUCUCUUGAAAGGAGUAGAAGCCGUGGCUAUCCAUGGAGGCAAGGAUCAGGAAGAGAGAGAGUAUGCCAUUUCAUCUUUUAAGGCUGGAAAGAAAGAUGUGUUGGUUGCAACUGAUGUUGCAUCCAAAGGUUUAGAUUUUCCUGAUAUUCAGCAUGUGAUCAACUAUGACAUGCCGGCUGAAAUAGAAAAUUAUGUUCAUAGGAUUGGACGUACUGGAAGAUGUGGCAAGACUGGUAUAGCGACAACAUUUAUAAACAAGAACCAAAGUGAGACAACAUUGCUUGAUUUGAAACAUCUUUUGCAAGAAGCAAAGCAAAGGAUCCCCCCAGUUUUGGCUGAGCUUAAUGAUCCAAUGGAAGAUAAUAAUGACAUCACAGACAUAAGUGGUGUCAAGGGAUGUGCAUAUUGUGGAGGGCUCGGUCAUCGUAUCGGUGAUUGUCCCAAAUUAGAACACCAGAAGAGUAUGGCAAUUGCAAAUAAUAGAAAGGAUUAUUUUGGAUCCGGAGGUUACAGAGGGGAAAUUUGAAAGGUUACUGAUCAAGAAAUUGGAAGAACAUAAUAUGGAGCAGAUCAUACACAAAGGUUGGCGCGUUGUGUAUAGGUACAUUAGAAUUCUCAAAACUUAUGGAUUUGAAGGUAAAUUCUUUGAUGAUAUAGAGAAUAAGAUUGCAUUGGAACGAGAAAAGGAUGAACAGUUAAGUAUAUUAAAUUCAAUGUAUGACUUUUUAGAAGAGGAUAGUAUUGAACGAAUGGUUGCUUCCCUUAUUCAAGAAAAGGCAGAAAAAUCAGAGAAAAUUGUUGAAGGAUCAUCAUCAUCAUCAUCAAUUCCA